CCCACCUAUGUAAUAUUAUUAUUAAUGACGAUUAAAAUGUUAGUAAUGAAUUCCAAAGCAGCAGUAGGUAUUAUAGCUGGAAUUGCUGGUUCACUAUUUUUGGGAUAUUGUGUAUAUUUUGAUCGCAAAAGACGCAGUGCACCAGAUUUUCGGGAGAAACUAAAAGAAAAGAGGGCAAAGUCGAAGUCAAAGCCAAGUAAAAAUGCAGGACCCAGUCAGUUACCAGAUUUGCAAAACCCAGAUGCUGUACAGAAGUUUUUCCUUGAAGAAGUACAAUUAGGAGAAGAAUUACUUGCCCAAGGUGAUUUUGACAAUGGUGUUGAUCAUUUGAGCAAUGCAGUCGCAGUUUGUGGCCAGCCACAACAACUGUUACAAGUCCUCCAACAGACACUUCCACCUCAAGUAUUCCAGAUGCUUAUACAGAAACUACCAGGAACAAGUCAAGUAU